AUGAAAACGCUGCAAGACGUAUCCGACCUCCUCGGAGAUGUGCCCGCCAAAAUUCUCUGGGUGAGUUUCCCGAAAAAAUUUUUUUUGCAUAAAAACGUCAAAAACUCGUUUUCCACGGCGAAAAUCGUCAUAAAUUAAGUCACCGGGGCAGAUAAUCACACUCAUUUCGCUUGUCAUUCAAUUUUUCGCAAAAAAUGCCAGAGCAGGCCGCAAAUUUAUAUGAAUGGACGGAAGAAUGGCUAAAACUCGAAAGACCCGCCUCUUUUAUAAUUUACGCCCUCAUUUUUGUAAGUUUCCCGAGAUUUUCCACCUAAUUACCCACUUUCAGGUAGUAAUAUCGUUCGCCUUCUUCCGAGCCCUCCAAUUCAUCGUCCGGUGGUAUUUGUUCGGAAAAUGGACGUGGCCGACGUUCAAUUUCUUCGGUCUUCGGCGGCGAAUUCGACGGAACGGCGUCGAGGAGGGACAGGACGGCGCCGGAACACUGACUGCCUCGGAACGGACGCCUGAGCCGGCAGAGCAAGUGGAACCGGGACCCGACAGCCGAGAUUUGUCGGUUAGUGGAAAGAAGACAUUGAGCGUUUCCCGCAAAAUUUUUGAUUUUCUGAACUGGCCAUUGUUGAGCAUUUUUGAGCUUGCUGGGCUUAAGCUUUUCAAAGCUACAGAAAACACUUGCAGGCGAUCCCGCCGAACAAAAAGUGGCGAAUCUGCAACGAGUGCGUCUCGCUGUUCCAUUCGGUGAUAUCGGGCGCGUGGGCGGCCUACUGCCUCCUCUACUACAAAGAACUCAUCCAGGACCUGUUCGUCUUCCGAUGCGAGGCCGCCGUUAACCUGGUAGGCCAUGGGUCCAACUGAAAAGUACUCAAAUUCAAAUUCUGCUCAGAUUCUCAUGUCGACCGGUUACCUUCUGCACGAUCUGCUCGAUUUGCUGGUCAACGAGCAGUCCGCCCGAAUCAUCGAGCUCCUCUUCCAUCACGUCGUCGUUUUGGGCGCUUUCGCAGUCACUAUGGUGCUCCGAAUUGAGAGAAUUUUCAGAAUACCCUAGACAUUUUGCAGUUUAUGAACCGAUUCCUGGGCGUCGUAGUGUUCGGAUUGCUCAUGGAGCUCAACUCGAUCUUCCUCCACUCACGCAGCUUGGCCAAUCUGUACGGAGUGGACAAACGGAGCCCGAUGUUCCGAAUCAUCGCGCUUUUGAACAUGGUCACUCUGUUCGCGUUCCGACUCUGCGUCUCCGUCUACUUGCUCUAUUUUGCGGUAAGUGUCGAAAAUUAGGAUUUCUGAAGUUUCUAGCUGUUUUUGCAAAUUUUGCAACUUACGAGACAGACUAUCCAACUGAAAAGCUCUCAUCAAAAGAAGCUGCCAGACACUUGUAAUGCUUUUCCGCAUUUCCAGAUCACCUCGAUUCCGGAUGUCACAUGGUAUCAGGCCCUGCUCAACGGAAUCCUCAUCCUUUCACUCGCCUCCACAAACACGGUCCUCACCUAUCGAUUACUCGCAGCCGACGGCCUUCUGGGUCAGUUUCUGUCUUUUUCAGGAAAUAGACACUUUGAAUGUGAUAGUGAACGUUCAUCAUGAAAUUGAACUCGAAGACUGUUCUUUCUUUUUGUUGGAUACACGUUUUUUUGAAAUUUUUCAGGCAAGAAACGCGAAAGACGGACGCCGGCCUCCACCGCACAGACUCAGAUCGAGAACGGACCGUUGACAACGGAAAUGACUGAAAAUGAGGUAGAUUUAUUGGAAAUUUGAGGGUCUAGAAGGAUCCAGCUCAUUUUCUAGAAGCUUCUAAGCUUCUCUCAAUUUACAGUACCCCAAUUUCCAGGACCGCCACACGGUCGGCAUUCAAACGGGCGUCGGAACGGUGCCGCUGGUCGAAGACUCGACACAAACUGUUUAA